UUUGUUUGGUGUGUUGUUGCAGGGCAAGAACGUUGUCUUUCUCCUCACGGAAAAUUCCAAUCUUCCAUUGGCAGUGAAACCGAUUACCCACGUACGAAUCGUUGGGCCUUUCGCGCACGAAACUUCUCCGUUGAGUGGUGUGUGCAAAGUUUGUGUACAUUCGCCUGUGCCAAGGAGAAAAAUGGCCCAAACCUAGAGGCCAGCAACGAAAUUGUCUCUCGCGUGUGCUCCUUCCAUGUUCGUUGCGUGUAUUUAUGCUUCCUGUUUUUGCCUUGGUCAAAAGCAUAAGAUCCUACAGUACGGGAAUUGUAAAGCCAAAUACGGUUUCACCUCAUCCACCGAAGCUGUGUUCUUCUGAGAGCGAGCGUUUUCCUAUUGCGCGUCUGGCUUCAUAAAGUGGUUUUGUAAGAUUGCAAGUGCGUGUGUGUGUUUGCGAGGUUCACUAAAAUUUUGCACUAGCCAAACCAGCUUCCGAACAACGCUAGUGGUUGGGCAAGCAGCUGUGAAAAUCCGUCAAAUGUUACUGCGAUUACCACAAAUUAUAACCACGAUAAGCGAGCGUGUGCAAAAAUUAGCAACAAUUGCGUGUGUGCGAUAAUAAUCGCACACCGUGUGUGUGUGCGCGCGUUGGUGUUUGUGUUCCGAGCGGGCCGGGGAGGAAACCGGAAAACGGUGGGAAAAUUUCGCACCCAAGAAAGUGAAGGUGAAUUUUCAUGACUAACAGUACUAGCAGCUACAAGCCACCAAGAAGCCACAGAAAGAAAGAAUCGAACGCAUUACCGCAGGGGCUUCAAUCAUCGCUAGCUAAUCCAGUAAAACGCACUACUAGCUACAAUGGCGGACCAAGAAUCGGACAUGGAAUAUUCGUCCGACAAUGAUUACGAAUUUGAGGAUUAUUACAACUCAGGUGAAGAUUGUGACAUCGAGCAGAUCGAUCCGAAGCGUACCGAUCCGGAAUAUUUCGUGUACGAGUGUCUGAACGUGGAGGAGGUGGAGAAGCUGUUGAACGAGUCGGUGGAAAAGCUUAGUACGCAGCUGCAAAUUACGCCAUCGUUGGCCAAGGUGCUGCUACAUGAAACCCGCUGGAACACGGCCGAAGUGAUCGAGCGGUACCGCAACAACGCCUCCAACCUGCUGGUCAGUGCACGGAUCAAAGCGGCGGCACCGUCGGUGCCCCCGCCAGCCCAGCUACCCGUCCCGUCCACAUCCUCUGCCGUGGUGGUGGUCGCUUCCGGUGCCACCUGCUCGUUCGUCGUUUCGUCCGUCCCUGGCUGUUCGGCCAGCGCUGCAAUCCCGGGAACGAGCAGUAGCGGUAGCAUUAAUAUAAGCAGUAGUACUAGUAAAGCUCACCAAACCAUCGGUUCCACCAGCACUACAACGACGGCGACGGUGGCGGCUUGCUGCUAUCGGACGCAACUGUGUCCGGUCUGCGUUACGGUGCAAUCGACCGACAAGUUUCACGCACUGUCCUGCCAGCACUCGUUCUGUCGCGACUGUUGGGCGAUGCACUUCGAGAUUCAGAUCGGGCAGGGCAUUUCCACACAGAUCGAAUGUAUGGAGCAGCGCUGCGAUGUGCGUGUGCCGGAAGAUCUUGUGUUGACGUUGCUGAAUCGACCGAUGUUGCGCGAUAAGUACCAACAGUUUACGUUUGCCGACUACGUCAAAUCACAUCCGGAGCUACGCUUCUGCCCCGGUCCAAACUGCCAGACGAUCAUUCGUAGCCAGGACAUCAGCCCGAAGAAGGCCGUCUGCCGGAUGUGUAAGAGCGCGUUCUGUUUCCGGUGCGGUACCGAUUAUCACGCACCGACCGACUGCCAGAUCAUACGCAAAUGGCUGACCAAGUGUGCGGACGACAGUGAAACGGCCAACUACAUCAGUGCCCAUACGAAGGACUGCCCGAAGUGUCACAUCUGCAUCGAGAAGAACGGUGGUUGCAAUCAUAUGCAGUGCUUUAACUGUAAGCACGAUUUCUGCUGGAUGUGUCUCGGUGACUGGAAGGCACAUGGGUCGGAGUAUUACGAGUGUUCGCGGUACAAAGAAAAUCCAAACAUCGCCCACGAGUCGGUACACGCGCAGGCUCGGGAAGCACUCAAGAAGUACCUUCACUACUACGAACGUUGGGAGAAUCAUUCGAAAUCGCUUCAGCUCGAGCAGCAGACGCUCGAUCGGAUGCGGACGCGUAUCAAUGAGAAGGUGAUGAAGGGACUCGGCACGUGGAUCGAUUGGCAGCAUUUGUUCGAUGCAGCCACCCUUUUAGCCAAGUGUCGGUACACACUACAGUACACAUACCCGUACGCGUACUACAUGGAAUCGAGAAAGGAGCUGUUCGAAUACCAGCAGGCUCAGCUCGAAGCGGAAAUAGAGAACCUUUCCUGGAAGGUAGAACGAGCGGAAACGACCGACCGUGGCGAGCUGGAAAACCAAAUGGACAUAGCGGAAAAGCGACGAACGACACUGCUGAAGGAUUUCUUUCCAACGGAGGCGUAAAAGUAAAACAACAAACAAAAAACAAACUUAAUUCUUCCACCGAACGAAGGGUGCCGCGCGCGUAACAUUAUGGCUACUAUUAUAGCAACAGGAGCUACUACUACUGCAAACAAAUGCUACUAUUACGAUUUGUACACACUUUAGCAUGUAAAACACGUACUACAACCCGUGUUCCUCCGGCCGGGUAUUUUAGGGGUAAGGUUUUGAAUUCUUAGAAAAAGCGCCAGCAAUGAAGCUACUAUCGGAAUAGAACGUGAAGCGAAGGAACCAGAAAAGACAUACGCGAUCUUCAGAACAGCAUGGUGUAGUGUGGGUGGAUGCAGAAAAAAAACCUAUUAGUGAAGUAUUGCUUAGCUUUAGAUUAGUUAUGAAGAAGAAAAGAGUCAUGGGGCGUUACGAAAAUGCUCCAGAGCAAGUAAAUACAAUCUUAAGUAGGGAAUAGGGAAAUGAGGGUAGAAUGAGACGCUUGCGUCAAGUGCAAUGAGGGAAUAAAGUAUCGAGCAGUAAGCUUAACAGCAGCAAUAUAGAAGCAAUCCGUGUUCAGAACCAGAACAACAACAUAGGCGACCGGUCCAUCAGAUACGAUUCUACUGUUGUUGCACAAACGGUAGCAAUCUCAAGAUCGGUUUUGGUUAGAGCUAUUUCAGGCUUUUUAAAACAUUCGCCAAUCGUCAUUUGCCUUCUCUAAUAGCAAAACACAUCGACACAAGCUCUCCUAUUUUGCUCACUGCGCGUCGAAGAGUGAUGAUCGCAGAACUUUUGUGAAGAGUUCUAUGUCUGAAGCGGAAAAAACAACACCUUAAAAAGAGCUUGCAGAUCAGCUACUGUUUGUGGGCGUUUUAUAGUAUCAUGUAGUCUGCGUACUUGAAGAACAAUAGCAAUCGGCCACGGGACACGUCGGUGAGCUAUGUUAGAAGUGCGUGUGCCUGAAUGCUUUGGAAUGGUGUUUCUGCUGUUCAACCGACACUGCGUAACGCUCUGUUCCAUCAAGGAAAUAGGACUUGUUCAACAAACGUGCUGGCAGUAUGAUAAACAAAAAUAAUCAGAACACAAGUGUUGUUAGUACUCAUAAAAUGUGUAACAAGUCCCGGAAGUACAACCACUUUCAUCUAGACACACUUGUACACGGGCUAUAAGUGCUACGUCUGUGUGUUCUCUAGAGGAUCGUAAUUGUAUAGUAGAUAGCAACGAACUAUUAUACAUAAACAUUAUAGCGCAUAUGAUAAUUGCUGCUACGCAUGCACAUUUUUCCUCUAAUUCACUGUUGCCGAUCACAUUGGAGACAGUGGGACUGUGGAAAACCCCACUCUUCUGCAAUGUAAACGAAUAGUAAGCAAAGGCGGUGUGUUGCUAAAGCCAACUGACAACAAGCUGUGGAACUGUGAAAUUAAAAUCAUAAAAAAAA